AUGCGCUGCCGAGGCUUCAUUGUUCCCAUACCCAAGCUAGAUCAGAGAAUUGUUCUAUUUCUUUUAGACCAUUACUGGGAGUAUCACCCACACCACAUGCACAGUGAGUUUGAGAGCUUCGGGGACAACCAAUUUACAGAACUCCAGAGUGUACAGCCUCCUCAGCUGCAACAGCUCUAUCGGCACAUGGAGUUUGAGCAGAUGCAUGUCCUAGACUCGGGGAUCCCAACCACACAUAUUGGCCUCAACCACCAGGUCUCCUAUUUGCCUCGGAUGUGCGUACAGUAUUCCUCUCCACAUCAGCCCAGCUCUGAUGAGGAGGAUAUGGAGAGGCAGAGCCCCCCUUUGGAGGUAUCAGAUGGGGAGACUGAUGGUGUGGACCCACGUCCUGGAAUUAUACAUGGAGAGCCAGGCAGCAAGAAGAAAAUCCGUUUGUAUCAGUUCCUUCUGGACCUUCUUCGAAGUGGAGAGAUGAAGGACAGCAUCUGGUGGGUGGACAAGGAAAAAGGCACUUUUCAGUUCUCCUCCAAACACAAAGAGGCACUGGCACACCGCUGGGGCAUCCAGAAGGGCAACCGCAAGAAAAUGACCUACCAGAAGAUGGCACGGGCACUGAGAAACUACGGCAAGACGGGGGAAGUCAAGAAGGUCAAGAAGAAGCUGACCUACCAGUUUAGCGGAGAGGUAAUGGGAAGGGGAAGCACUGAUAGGAAGCAUUAUCCUCACUGAGCACAGGCCUUGGGACCCUGAGCAAACCAAACAAUGAAGACCUCCUGGCUGGAUACUGGCAAAGGAGACGGACGCAUCUUUCUCUUUGCUUCACGUGCCCACUUCUCUACCUUGUCAGGGCUUUUAACGUCCGAUGUUUCUGGUACGAAUUCCCUUCUUCAGCACUUGAGAAUCCUACAGAUAAGAGAAUUCUGCUCCCAUCCAACAAGCUGGACAGAGCUGGGAAAUUUUAGAAGUGUAUAAAUAUAUUAUUGUCAGAAAAUAUUUGUUUGAUUGUGUUGUAAUUAAUGGAUACAGCUGAUGAGGUUUUGCCCUUCAAAGGCAGUGCUGUGUCAUCUUCAGUGACACUGCAUUAGCUUACAGCUUUUAAACUAGCAUUAAUACAGGCUCUGCUGCAGCUCUCAACAGCUAGAGAGAAGUUUGCAGAUCUUGGAAAGAUAACUGUUCUGUUUAAAUAGUAAUAACAUGUAUAUAUUUAAUAAAAUUUGAUAUAAUGAAGUCUUGGUGUUUGCAUGACAGAUGGCUGCUUCACAAACUAGUCUCACUUGCAUUUACACAGUAUCAGCUCAAGUAUGGUAACUGGGUAUAGAGAAGAACAGGCUCCCGGACUUUAUCAACAUUUAAUGUCUCCAUGGGCUUCUUAUUUCCCUGGAAAUGUUAGAAGCAUUCUCAGACUAUGAAACAAAAGUGAGUAGGAAUCACAGUAUAGGAAGCUAUUGAAUCCUAAAAGUCACUAGGAACCUGAAAAAUGCACACACUAAAGUCUCAGAUCACCACUGCCAUGCAUGCUGUAUCACCAUUUUCACCUGUGCAUAUUAAAUGCAAAGCAGGUCCACCAAUUCAGAAUUUUCCACUCACUUAUACUGAUGGUUGCAAUUUACAACCACACAUUGCUAUAAACAUAAUUGGCUUACAUUAACCCAUGUUGGGUAUAUCUACACCCAGGGUUUAUCUAUACUUGAAAUAUUACAACAGCACAGCUGCAGGACUUCAGUGAAGAUACUAUCUAUGCUAAUGGGGGGGGUUCUCCUGUUGGCAUAGGUAAUCCACCUCCUUGAGAGGCAGUAGCGGGGUUAGGUCAGUAAAGCUAUGUCUUUCAGGGGUGUGGAUUUUUCACACUCCUGAGAGAUGU